UUCAGCAAGGUUUUCAAAGGGAUACUUAAGGAUGGUACUCUUUUGGCAGCAAAGGUAUUCAAUGUGCAAUUGGAGGGUGCAUUCAAAAGUUUUGAUACAGAAUGUGAGAUGUUGCGCAACCUCCGCCAUCGAAAUCUUACAAAAGUCAUCACCAGCUGCUCCAACCCUCACUUCAAAUCCUUGGUAUUAGAAUAUAUGCCGAAUGGGACACUUGAAAAAUGGCUAUACAAUCACAACUUUUUCUUAGACAUGUUGCAGAGAUUAAGUAUAAUGAUAGAUGUUGCAUCUGCAAUAGACUAUCUCCACAAUGGCUAUUCAACACCUGUGGUGCAUUGUGACUUGAAACCAAGCAACAUCUUGCUAGAUCACGAAAUGGUUGGUCAUGUCAGCGAUUUUGGCAUUGCAAAAUUGUUAGGUGCAGGGGAAGAUUUUGUUCAAACAAGGACAAUAGCAACCAUUGGAUAUAUUGCUCCAGAGUAUGGACAAGAUGGAAUAGUAUCCACAAGCUGCGAUGUUUAUAGUUUCGGUAUCCUGAUGAUGGAGACGUUUACAAGAAUCAGACCAUGUGAUGAAAGAUUUACUGGAGAGUUGAGCAUACGACGUUGGGUUAGUGAUUCUUUUCCAAAUGAGAUUCAUAAGGUGGUGGAUGCUAAUUUGGUACAGCUAGAGGAUGAAAGAAUUGACGCAAAGAUGCAGUGUCUGUUGUCUAUCAUAGAGUUAGCUUUGAGCUGCACUUUGGUGACACCUGAUGCAAGAAUUAGUAUGGAAGAUUCUCUUUCAACACUUCAAAAGAUCAGGCUCCAGUUUGUCAAUAGUCGCCGCUAGGUGGAAUUAGACCAUCCUCUUAUGAUUG